AACAGUUGUACGACUGCAACAAAGGAAAUUGAGACAAGUGCUAUCGUUCAACCUUUUCAAGCGAUUUGUGCAAAACAAGAGGAAUUAGGUAAAAUGGUAGAACAGAAUCAAACGGAAGAACAUAACCGAGUCGAAGAACAGAAUCUAACGGAAGAACAGAAUCAAACAGAAGAACAGAAUGAAGUCGAAGAACAAAAUCAACAAGAAGAACAAAAUCAACUGGUAGAACAGAAUCAACUUCAAGAUUUAGAACAAAAUGAAUUGGAAAAACUAAACGAAUUCGAAGGAGAACUAAUUGGUGAAUGUUUAGAAGUUCAUGUUUCCAACAUGGUAAGUCCUGCACCAGAAAGGCUAUAUAGGGCAAUUGACAAUCGUCAUGUAGAGGAAAUUAAAUCAGCCCUUUCAAAGAAGGAAGCUUGUUUUACGGUUCUCCUUGGUAACGUCAUAGAUAUAAGCCGGAAAAAGAUUAAGGAAAGAAAACUCAGAAAGCCAGGGAGAUAUACAAUUGAGACGGUGGGUGGGAAUCAUACACGGAAAGCUAUUCAAGAGCUGUUAGAAGAAGAUGAGGCAAGGUUCAACCAUUUAUGUACAGUAAGAUGCCGUUUAUACUUCAACCUAUCACAUGUUGAGGCCCUAAGAUUGGGUCACGACCACAACAUGACAAACGAUUUGAGUAAACCCACUUCGGUCGACGAUUUUAUUCGAAUGUUUAGAAAGGAAUUGCACAAGCUUUUCGACAAAAACUUUAGAAAAAUUCCCGCAAGUAUCAUUAAACAGUGGCACCAAAACCUCUGCCAUAUACUGGGACUUGACAAUAAAAGAGACCUGCAUAAUAAAUAUAAAACCUUAUUGGCCAUUUCAAGGUCAGAAGAAAAUGUGUGGGUAAAAAUAUGCAAAGUGUUUGACUUGUAUGAAAAAAGAAAAUUCAAACACCAACCAAGAGGCAUGAUGAAGACCCUUCAUUUUAAGCAGUUAUCAGGUUUUGAAAACGGAAAGCGGUUGGAAGUACUAAACAAUUUAUUAAAAACAAAAGACUGGAAAGACAUGCCCAGCAGCUGUGAAAGGAAGAAAAAAGAUCUUGUUGAAGCGCACUGUGACGUAUCAAAGAAUGAUGCUUUAACUUUCAGCAAAGAAAUUAAAGAAGAAAAUAGUUCAUUGAAAAGAAAACUUCAUGAAAUGAGUAAGCAGUUUGAGGCAUCAAAACGGCAUUGCAAGGAAAUGAAAGCAACAGUAGAUGAACAGGCUUCCGAGAUCAUCUUGUUAGAAAAGCAAAAAAAUGACCAAGCCGAAUCGCUGCAACACUAUCUAUUUAUUGAGACAAUGGAGAAAGAGAAAUCUGAAGAAUGUAAACGGAAUGAGAAAACUAUAGCAGAAAAAGAUGCCAUGAUCAAGAACUUGGAGAAAGAACUAGAAGAUCAAAGGAAAAGGAAUGCAGACACUAUUGUAGAGGCAAAAGACAAGCCUAGCAAGGCAAAAAACAGAAAGUUGCAUGAGAACAAGGAAAAGGAGAAAAUUGAAAAUCAGGCCACAAAUGAGGAGUUAGUAGCAACGAACGAAACAGAGAUGACAAGUGAGAUCGAAGCAAGAACUUCUUAUGCAAACGAGGAAAAGAAGAGACAUGAGAAUCAGAAAAACAUCAGAUCAUUGGAAGUAACAAAUGAUUUUGCAGUGAACGAAAAAGUAAUGGGCUUCUGGAAACCGGAGAAGAAAUGGUAUAGUGCAACAGUCUUAGAAAAAACUAAAUCAGGUUACAAAGUCAUAUUUGCAGACGACAAAAUAGUAAGAGUCUUAAGUCUACAGAAUCUACGAAAAAAGACAUCAAGAUGAUUUCAGAUAAAGGUGUUAUGUUUAUAUACCGGUAUAUAUGAACUUACAAGAGACUCGAAGUCAUCUGAUACUGUUUUCCAAACAGGAUAUGAUAAACAAUAACAACGACAAAAGGAAGCUGUUAUCUUGAACACAAGAAAUUUAAUAUCAGUCAAAUGAUCCUAUAUUUCUAUACAUGAAUACAUGAAUGAACAAGGUUAUAUAUGUUAUUUAAUUUAUAUUGGGACAUUAUCAUGAUAUCUUAAUAAUAAAAAAGCAAACAAUCACAUAAUUGGCUUGUUUGGUGUAGAAUGUUCUUAUGAUUUAAUAUGGCAAACUGUAUGUAGAAAAAAGGAGUCGUUAUUACACCAUCAAUGAGACAACAUCAAUGAAUGAAAAAGAUAUCUUAAGUGCAAUAAUCCUCAACAACAGAUACAGUUGGGUGCAGACCAAGCAUUACAAGCAUUACAUAAAGUAAACGCGCUUACUUUUCGUGUUAACUAAUUGUGUAAAUUAUUAAAAAAAACUUCGUGUACAUUUGUACAUUUUUUUUUAUUUUUUUAAAAUGACUUUUAUCUUAAUAUUUUACUUAUAUGUGAUUAAAUCAUACCAAUU